AUGCAGUUUCCAGUUAGUGCACCACCUAACGAUGUUUUGCCGGAAAUCUUGUCUUUUUUGCCGCAAGAGGAUCGACUACAAUGCACUUUAGUAAGUCGCAAAUUCAACAGCAUCGCCACAAAACUUCUGUAUCGACGAAUAUACCUAAAUGACUCCAAUGUUGUCAAGAGCGAUGUGAUGAACUUGGCUGUCAACUGGACGGUAUUGUAUGUGCCGAACCAGCUGGCUGAACCCAUCGCACGGAAAGUGGCAGAUCGGAAACUGCGCAGUUUGAUACGAACGCUUGAAUCCAACGAACGUGCUGUACAGGCCGUUGAAUGGGUCAGAAUCAACUGGGAUCUCAACCCAAAAUGGCAAAAGCAGUUUCUUUAUGUCAUUUGCAACAAAAGUGAGUCUUUGCAACGGUUGGAAAACGUCACAGAUCCGGCUUGCAACGAUAUUAUCGCGCAUGGUAAAAUCUCCAGCCAAAAACUCACCAGUUUCGACAUGGCACCUCCCAAUCCAAACGCAGGAUCCGAGGUGGACCCCUCAUACAUUCCAAAUCUGAAAAAUUAUCUUUCACAGAGAAUUUCCUCGCGAAUAACAUACAUGAACCUUUUCAUAUGCCCCAUUCUACUAUUCUCGUGCUUAUAUCCUCUAAGAGACAAACUUCAGGUUGUGGAUCUCAAGUUGCAUUGGAGAGUGGAGUUUUAUCCAAAGAUGUUUUUCAAGAAAAAGAUAGCUGAACGCCCCAUAGAGAAGCUUUCAGAUGUUUUUGACGCCAGAAGUCUACAAGUUCUCACUAUUGUUUCCUGGCAUGAAUGCCUUCUGCCCAAGGAAAGGGAGAUGCUUCACCAGCUUCAAGAUUUUACAAACUUAGAGGACCUAUCUUUGAUAUCUAUCGAGCAAGAGACCAAACCUUUAAUAGGCCUGUUCAGUAAACUCACCAAACUGAAAAGACUGAAAGUAGAUUUCAUUGAACAGCUUUCAUCCCAGUCCACAAAGCCAGAGGUCUUUUUAGCCAUCUUACACUGCUGUCGAGAACUGGAAUUUCUUGAUAUGAGGUUUGAGGGCCUCGAUGCUCCCAUUGUUGAUGUGGAUAGAGGUGAUUUCAGAUUGACGCAAAAAUGUCAUUGUAGUGCUUGCAUGCACGUAUUUGACUUUACAUUGCGACAAAAGCUGUUUCUGUAUCCCGAGGAUUAUGUCCUUACUGAUUUCAGGGACGUCAUGACUAAAGAUAUUUUUCGAAUGAUACGGUUUCACUGCUUGCUCCCUUACUCAAAAGCGUGUGACUACUAUCCUAGCGUGAGAACGUGUCCGAUGGACAUUGAUAAAUUCGUGUCACUUAUGAACAAUGAUCUGAAACUAUACCGAGCAAGCAGAUCUCAACUAGUUAGAGACCCUGUUGUCUCUGAUGAGAGUGAUCCUACCAAUGGUAGCCAACGAAACGGGUCGACAGACGCUGGCUGUCUGAAUAAUUUUCUGGAAAACGACGAGGAAAAUAUCUUUACCGACCUGGUUCUUCCGCAUAAACCGCUUAACCGACAAGAUGUAGUAGACUGUUAUCAUGCGCUUAUCCACCACCAUAGAAGGACAUACAUCGCAUUAUUGACCCAGUUUCCUAAGCUUAGGUUCCUGGUGCUGAAUGAUAUCGCAACUGUGGUUGUGAACGAGCAUGAGGAACGCGUGCUGCAGCCGGUCUUUUACAAUGAAGGGUUCAAAUCAAAUCUCAACGGUUGGACUCAAAAGGGAAAACGGCGGAAGGGUUCCAAAGUUUUCGUAGAGAAAUCGCUCUCUGCCGAUGGUGUUGAGUACAAAACAAAUUAA